ACACACACACACACACACACACACACACAGUGCCUCCUCCUCACAGCGGGGCUGGGCGGGGAGAGGCUGGAGAACGGCUGACAGACACGGGGCUUAGGGAGGAGACUGCUGCUGCUGCUGGGGAGAGUGAGCGAAGGAGAAGCCGGCUCGGAGCUGCAGCAGCCGCCGCCGCCAGUGGGAGAUGAGCCGCUCGGCCGCGGCGGGGGAUGGUGGAGCGCUAUGAAUGUGAAUGGGAGCCAUGGCGCCGCCGGCGGGGCAGAGGAGCCGGGCAGUGACCCGGGCGGUGACAUGGAGCCCGGCUUGGUGAAUCAUGCCAUCUGCAGGAGGAGGGGAGGACCGGGCAUCCCUCCCCCGUGCACGCAGCUCAUCCUCGGGCCACACUGCUGCGCUGAGGACGCUAAGAAGGCAGCAUGGAGCCGGUGCUCACAGAACAGCGCGGACCAGAGCUCAGCGCCCCGCUGCCCCCAGUCUCCGUCCUCUCGCCUCAUGCUGGCCGCCGUCUUCGGGCUGCUGCUCCUGUCACUACUACACCUGGGGCAGCAGCAGGCCGGGCAGGGCGGCGGGGCGUCUGGGGGGGAGCUGCGGCUCACUUCCCUGCUGCUGCGCUGCGCCGUCUACAUGGGAUGCGCUCUGUGCGCUCUGCUGCUCGGCUCCCUCUGCGCCCUGCACUGCUCCGGCCGCCCCACUGCCCUGCCGGACUUCACCCGAGCCAGGACCACGGGACAGAUUUUGCAUUCGGUGAAUUUGCAUGAACCCAUCCAGCUGAGGCGAGUGGUUUUAUGUCACAGCAUGGAUAAAGCUCUAAAGGAAGUGUUUGACUACAGCUACCGGGACUAUAUUCUAUCAUGGUAUGGAGAUCUAAGCAAGGAUGACGGUCAGCUUUACCAUCUGCUUUCUGAUGACUUCUGGGAUUUGGCCAGACAAGUGCGCAGCCGGCUUGCUCACAUUGAUAUUGUAAGAGUGGUCUGCAACGAUGUGGUGAAAAAUCUGCUUACACACUUCUGUGACCUCAAGGCUGCAAACACUAGACAGGAUGAACAGCCAAGACCCUUUGCCCUUCAUCCCUGCUUAAGAAACACAGAGGAAGAGCUGCGGUACCUGCAGAAGUGUGCACAGGUGCUAGUUCUCUGCUUGGUGCCCACUCGGGAUGCCCAGUCUCACAGCUUACGCAUAGUUCUUUCUGAAAUACUUGCCACUAAGGUGCUGAAGCCCUUGGUGGAGCUGCUGAGUGAUCCGGAUUAUAUUAAUCAGAUGCUGCUCAGCCAGCUGGAAUACAGGGAGCAGGUGAAUGAACGUCACAAGAAGACCUAUACAUAUGCCCCAUCUUAUGAGGAAUUCAUCAAACUGAUCACAAACAGCUCUGACAUUGAGUUCCUGAAACAGCUAAGGUAUCAGAUUGUUGUUGAAAUAAUUCAAGCAACUACAAUCGGAAGCUUUCCACAGAUGAAAAGACAAAAAGAUCCCAAGGGUAAAGAGACAGCAGCCAUGAAAGCAGACCUCCUGAGGGCGCGUAAUAUGAAGAGGUACAUCAAUCAGCUGACUGUGGCCAAAAAGCAGUGUGAGAAAAGAAUCAAACUCCUUGGUGGUCCAGCUUACGACCAGCAAGAUGAUGGAACAGCAGACGAUUCAGAUUGUCCCCAAAACCAGAAGAUUAUUCAGUUUGAUGACAUUUUGGCUAAUCCGUCAUUCAGAGAUCAUUUUAGAACGUACAUGGAGAAGAUUGAUAAGAGGGUUCUAAUCAGCUUCUGGGAGUCUGUGGAAUACUUGAAGAAUGCAAACAAGUCUGAAAUACCUCAAUUAGUUGGUGAAAUUUACCAGAACUACUUUGUGGAGAGCAGAGAAAUCCAAGUAGAGAAAGCACUUUAUAAAGAAAUCCAGCAGAGUCUUGUUGGGAACAAGGGGAUUGAGGUGUUCAACAAGAUUCAGGCUGAUGUGUAUGAGAUGCUGAAGGACCGGUUCUACCCCUCAUUCAUCGUUAGUGAUUUGUAUGACCAGCUGAUUCGGAAAGAAGACAAGUUCUCCUGCUUAUGUGUCUCGGACGAUAAAGAUGAAUCAUUGCAGGUGUGUGAAGGUGGAGAAGAGCUGCUGGGCGAAUGCACUAGUGGGAUCACUGAGCAGGCCAGCUAUGCGGUCAACAAACUGCGCCAGCUCACAGAGAAACUGGACUAUAAGAGACAAGCGCUCAGCUCCAUUAUAAAUGCUCCAAAACCUGACAAAAAGAUUAUUUUGAAGCUGAAGGAUGAAAUUACGCUGAUGGAGAAAGAGCAAAGUGAUCUCGAUCUCCACAUUUCUCGGACGGAUGUUUGGUGUGAGAACCUAGGCAUGUGGCGGGCUCUUAUCAACAUUAGUGAGGUGUCUGAGGAGAAUGGAGAACAGAUGCCACUGUAUUUUGUACUUGUGAGUUUGCCGGAUUCUGGUGAUUCAGAUAAUAAGAACUGGACUGUACUAAGGAGGUUAAGUGAAUUUCAGAAUCUACACCGGAAGCUGAGUGAGUGUUUCCCUUCUCUGAAGAAAGUACAGUUGCCUUCUGUCAGUAAGCUGCCCUUCAAGUCUGUGGAUCAGAAAUUCCUGGAGAAGUCCAAACUCCUAUUAAAUAACUUCCUGCAGAAGCUGCUGUCUGAUGAAAGACUGUAUCAGAGUGAGGUGCUUUAUGCCUUUCUGAGCCCAUCUCCUGCACACCUCAAAGUCAUUGAUGUCCAGGGCAAAAAAUCUUCGUUCUCACUCUCCUCAUUUUUGGAAAGACUUCCUGGAGAUUUCUUUUCCCACCAAGAGGAUGAAGCUGAGGAAGAUGGUGACUUAUCUGACUAUGGGGAUGAUAUGGAUGGGAAAAAAGAUGCCUUGGCUGAGCCGUGCUUCAUGCUUAUUGUGGAGAUAUUCGAGCUGCGGGGAAUGUUUAAGUGGGUGAGGAAGACACUGAUUGCACUGGUACAAAUCACAUUUGGAAGAACCAUAAACAAACAGAUCCGCGACACAGUCAAUUGGAUUUUCAGUGAGCAGAUGCUGGUUUACUAUAUGAAUGUCUUCAGAGAUGCCUUCUGGCCAAAUGGAAAAUUAGCACCUCCAAAAACCUCAAGAACCGAGCUACAGUGUCAGGAAACAAAACAGAGAGCGCAGCAGAAACUACUUGAAAACAUCCCCGAUGCACUUCAAAACUUGGUUGGACAACAGAAUGCACGUCAUGGUAUAAUUAAAAUAUUUAAUGCACUCCAAGAAAACAAAGCCAAUAAACAUCUACUUUAUGUGCUGAUGGAAGUGCUUCUUGUAGAACUAUGUCCAGAAGUGAGGACUCAUUUAGAGCAGCAGAAAGCUGGCACAGCCUGUGACAGCACAAAGUGAACCACUACUUCUAAUGUCUGUUUAACAAUAGACAUGUUAAUUAUUUUCCUCUUUUCCAUAGAGGGCUGACUGAGAACUACGUAAUCUCCCGUGUCCUUUUUUUUCUUUUUUCUUUUUUUCUUCUUCUUUAUUUUAUGUGACAUUUACAGAUUGGGGAGGCCCUGCCUGUAGUAAGUGUAGAGAUAAGAAGAUAAUGCUGCACUGUUAUCAGUUUUAUUUAAAAUGUUCUUGGUUACUGUUCUCUCUAGAAUAUGACCUACAAUGUUAAUGUACUGUAAGGACAGGGGGCAUCUUUUAACCAGUUCAGUGAUGUGUGGGGCUGUUAAGACGCUGGACGUACAUGAUGCUGAUAAGAGACUGAAUGUUGUACAGAUCAUUUCCUCAUUGAGGAUCCUGAACAUUCCUUUAUUUCCGGUGUAUUGAAGAAUGUUUUGUGCAAUACUUUAUGUAAUGUUAUUGUGAAUAUUUUAUUCUUUAUUGCUUUUAUUUUUACCAAAGACUGCCCAUUAUUUAAACUAUUUGUAAGCAAUAAAUAAAAAAAAAGAACUAACUAA